AUGGAGAAUUCUCAGCUUCAAGGUGGUGGCAGCUCAUCAGGCGAUGAUGCGAUGCAAGACCCUGAAGUUCUCGACCUUGUCGACAACCUGGCCCGCCUCCGUCACAUCUCAGACAGGCGAUUAACUGUUCCAGAGCAGUCUCAAAUCCAGAGCAAGAUCAUCGAUCAGAAGGAGGCGCGAAAGCGGGCAUCCCAGGACGACAUCAUGGCGGAAGGCAACGCGCAGUUUGAUGAGGAGGCGAUGCAGGAAGCAGUGAGAGCCACGAAGCGACGUCGAAUCGUUUCAAAGUUCGACCUCAGUGGCGCGCACAGGAUGUAUUUCUACGGUCCUGAAGAGCAGCCCGCCGACGACGACAACAAUCUGGACGACUUCGCAUUAGACACCGAGAUCCUUGGUCUUACGAAGGACUUCAAUGGCGCGCACUCCUCCGAGCCCUUCGACCUUAGCUGCGUCCCAGACACGAGCACCGGCGACGUAUUUCCUAAAUACAAGCCUGGUUUCGACCUCCUCGAGUCUACCUGUUCCAGCGUCUGGUUCGCCGUCGAGGUGGCUAAGCACCUGCGUCCCAAGGACAUUGUCUGCCUGUACAGCAUCAGCAAGACCUUCCACCAGCUCCUCAACGAUCACUGGCAGUCUAGCAUCUUCGCCUGGGCAGAGUACAUGGCCCCUUCCUCUUUUCGCAUCUUUCACUGGAAGUUCUUCGGCCGCUACGCCCGCCUCGACCCGGCGGGAACCACCUGGGCUGCACCAGGUCUCUUCGCAGACGCAUUUCCACGACCACCUUGGGCGCGCCCUCGCCCCGCCAGCGCCAGCGAUAACAAUAUCCGCUCGGUCCCUGGUCUGAGGUACCUUGCGAUGGUUGUGGAGAGGGAGAUCCGUGUGCGCGACAUCCUCGCAAAGUUGGCGCGCAGCGGCCACCGCCUGCCCAAGACCUGCCACGAGUCCGUCAAGAAGAUCUGGAUGCUCAUGGACCUGCCGACCAACACCAUGCGCCGGUCCUUCAUCCACAACACCCAGCUCUGGACCGGCCAGGACAUCUACAAUGCGCAGAUGUUCAUCAUAAAGCUGCAGCUGCGCUUCAAUGAGCCCGGCUUCGGCCCCGACUCGCCUAUUCUCGCCGAGACUCUCCUGGGGUCGCCGCAUGGCCUAACGCCGCUGUGGCAGAUGCUCCGCGGCAAGAAGUACACAGAACUGCUCGAGGCGAUGCAGAUGCGGGUGCGCUACUUGGUCGACGCCGACGAGAUCGAUCGCCACGCCCGCGAUUGGCAGAAACACUACGGCGUCCCCCGCUGGCAGCUGGGCAUAGGCCAUCUCGAGGGCUGGGGCAGGGGCUCCAUCCACCUGUCCCGUCCUGACGAGCUCGUCGUCGAGGAGGCGGUAAGGCGCGGUAUCAACUUGAAGGAUCACCUCCCGUUCAUGAUGUUGUGGGGUCACGUCAACUGGCAGAAGCGCAUCAACCUCGUCCCCACUGAGGAGGAGCUAUACAUGUCAGACGACGAGCUUCGACCCCUGACUGUCGAGGAAAAAGGCCCCAAUGGAAUGUUUGGCAAGUGUGGCAAUGUGCCGUUCGAGAAUUGCAACUGGCUUCCCAAGCACGCCCUCCAGGCGAAGUGGGACACCCUGACCGAGGAUGAGAAGUUAGCGCUCUCCAAGGAUCUUGAACACGACAAGACCCUAAUGGGGCCGCACGAGGAGGACGACGAAGGCUUCUGGAACCUGGACAAGAACGAGAUGAUGCGUCUCAAUCACCGCAAGAAGAAGAGGGCUGUCUCGGCACCCAAUAACCUCGACAGCGAGGCCGACGAUGAGAGCGACGACGACCAGAAGAAGCAGCACCCGGACUCCUGUGUGUGCGAGGGCUGUGCCGGCCAGCUGGGCCACAUCGCCGACGGCUACGACACGGACGAGCACCACGACACUUGCAUGUGCCGAGACUGCCUGGACCAGGCAGACUUCGAGGCCGAAGAGGCAGACUACGAGGCCCUUCAGGCACAGAAUGAGGAAUCAGGUGCUGACGACGAUGCCGAAGAGUCUGACAGCGAGGCCGAAGAGGCACAGUCGGCCGCGCCUCCCAAUCGCGCCGCCCUGGGACUUCCCACCAGCGACCCGAUGCCCGAGGAGGCCUUAUCGAGCGAGGGCCUCCGCAAUGCGUGGGAUGUUCUCGUACCUGCGGAUCAGCAGAUGGUCAACGCGUCCAUCGAAAGGCAGCGAGAGGAGCAGGCCGGUCUCCAGCCGCCCGCCCCUAUACGCCAGUUCCCCAACAUUACAGACCUCGUCAGCCUGGCGCUGCUGCACAAGCUCGACGGCAUCCAGCUUGAUAUGCCCGGCGAGUCUUCCCAGCCCAUCGGAGAACCCAACAAUGCCGGCGUAACUGACUCCACUGACGAUGUCGAGAUGGACGAGCAGGGUGAGAACGACAACGACGCGGCCAGCAACUCGUCGAUGGACGACGAGCAGCUCAAGGCCCUCGCUGACGAGGAGUACUCCGAUGACGAGCUGGAGUUCGACAUGGACAACUACAAGGCUUUCCUAGCCAAGGCUCAAGACGACGGCGGCUUUCACAACGGCGGCACCUUCCCUGGUGGCGACGAGGACGAGGACGGCUUUGGCAUGGCGCACGAGGCUGACUUGAAGUCUCCGGGUGCCGCUAUUGAGAUGACCCUCCCGGAUAUCAUCAACUACUAG